AUGACCUCCAUAUCGUCGUCGACCAGCAUGAUCAUAGCAGCAGAUCUCACGACACCCGUGGUCGCAACACAAACAGCUGACGGUACCGUCACCACCACCGAUGCCUUCACCACAGUCCUUCCAGCAACCAUGUCAACCUCAGCUGCUUCGCCUGCAUCAACAACAUCCUCUGAGGCAACUUCAUCCCAGGCAUUGGUCACAUCCGAAACCACAGAACAUGUCGCCGAGACGUCUGAUAUCAAUAUCACUCCAGGCUACUCUCAAGAGACGACACCUGGCCCAACCGGCACAACGUCCAGCCUCACAACGGCUGGGGACACUGUAACAACGUCUGAUCGCUUAGAGAUAGCUAGCAGUGUUACAGGCGCCACGUCUGCUCCUACGGCAACAGCUAGCAGUACCACAGCUAGCAGUGCUACAGGUACCACAUCUGCUCCUACGACAACAGCUAGCAGUACCGCAGGCACCAUGUCUGCUCCUGUGACAACAUCUAGCAGUGCUACAGGCACCACUUCUGCUCCUACGUGCUACAGGCACCGCGCCUGCUCCUACGACAACAGCUGGCAGUGCUACAGGCGCCACGUCUGCUCCUACGACAACUACCAGUACCACAGGUCCCACUUCUGCUCCUACAACAGCUAG